ACGCGCAUCGGCCAUUUUGAGUUGUUUGUUCAGCGAGGAACGCUUGUUAUUUUCCAGACAAACGCAGAACAAAGGGCCGAAACAGUCGAAAGAAUCGCUCGAAAGACAUUUCACCCUUUUCUUCCAUCAUUAUGGGUCCACCGCGAUGCAGAUCUCGCCGUCUGUUACCUGAGAGAACGGAGGAUUUCGGUCGGUUUGUCAGUUUAUCUUGACAUGGCAUAUACGGGUGUGUGACGACUGUGAAAAAAGCUCGAAAACAAACGGAGACCAUCAAGCUAAACCUCAGCCGAGGAUUAAUUCAUCCGGGGCGGGUUUUUGUACUAAGAUCGAUGUAUUAAUACGUGUUAGGAUUCUUUGCAGUACUUGCUCGGAUCAAAAAGACAACUCGAGAAUAAAAAAAUGGAGAGAAACAAUAGUUAGCUAACGUUAGUUAGCCAGCCACUCAUCGAAGCCAGUCUCUGCUAGCAUCGCGAUAACAAAAAAACAGGCCAACACAAAAUGUAACAGUCGGUUUAUUGAUGAUAACUAACUUUGAAUGCUCUAGUAGAUCUCAUACUGGUUAGAAAAAGAAAUGUAGCUCCCUUCAACCAGGUUAUCAGUUGGUGGCGUGUGUGUAUUCAGCUUAGCUAGCAUUAGUUUGCUAGCCAGCCACAAACUAAAAAGCCUCACAAUGAAACUCAACCGUGGCAGGAGAGCUCGUGGGCCCAUUUUAUGCCCUUAAACCCAAAGAUGUCUAGCAAACUCUGUGUUCUUACUCCGUGCCAAUAUCUCAUGGCGUCUGCAUUUCUCUGCCAUGGUUGUCUUUCUCACCUGUCAUUCAGAUGUGCUUUUAUGAGACCGUUUAUACAAAGACAUGGAUACAAGCAAGAGUCAAUACUGGAAGAGACUUUCCAAAGUCAAAUCUCUUGGUCAGCUUUUUAGAUAACUAGUAAGGUUUAUUUAUCUAAAACCAGGGAUCUUUCCCCUCACACGGACUCGCACACACAAAAAAAUGGGUUUUCAGUGUAGCAGGCAUUUGUGUUUUCUGUCCUUUAUUCAGUAAUACAACAGUUUCUCAUCUAAAAAAGAAAAAACUAAUUGAUCAGGUCGUGUUAUAUGAGUGGUUUCUUUUUAGUGUACACGUAGCAUUGGCUUGAUUGUUUCUUUUUAAAAAUGGUGUAACUCAUCAAAACUUAGACAAGUGUAAAAUUACUUGGCCCAAGUGCACCACCCGGAUUAAAAAUGACUUGAUUUGAUUUCACUAACUUUGUUAUUUAAUUCAAAUUAGUAUGUACUGCUGGUAGUGCUUGGUUAUAGCUUCUUUAGUUUUUCAAAGGGUUUGAAAACCUCAUUUACUACGGUCAAGAAAAUAAAAAGCGAAAAAGUCUGCGUUAGGAAAAUCUUACUGUCCGUAACAAUGGGAGACCCAAAUUCUCGGCGGAAUCAAACUAGAAACCGACUCCGCGCCCAGAUACGGAAGAAACGAGAAUCUCUGGCCGAUCAGUUUGACUUCAAGAUCUACAUUGCCUUUGUAUUUAAGGAAAAGAAAAAGAAGUCUGCACUCUUCGAAGUAGCUGAGGUGGUACCUGUGAUGACAAACAACUAUGAGGAGAAUAUCCUUAAAGGCGUGAAGGGAACGAGCUACUCCUUAGAGAGUUCUUUAGAACUUCUCCAGAAAGAUGUGGUGCAGUUACACGCGCCUCGUUACCAGUCAAUGCGUAGAGAUGUGAUCGGUUGUACCCAGGAGAUGGACUUUAUCCUUUGGCCCCGCAAUGAUAUUGAGAAGAUUGUCUGUCUCCUGUUCUCCAGAUGGAAAGGGGCUGAAGAUGAACCAUUCAGGCCUGUUCAGGCCAAGUUCGAGUUUCAUCACGGAGACUAUGAAAAGCAGUUUUUGCAUGCUGUUGGUCGGAAGGACAAGGCUGGGAUGGUUAUGAACAACCCCAAUCAGUCUGUCUUUCUCUUCAUGGACAGACAGCACUUACAGACUCCAAAAGCCAAGCUUACAGUUUUCAAGUUGUGCAGCCUCUGUCUCUACCUGCCACAGGAUCAGCUUACCUGUUGGGGGGUUGGAGACAUCGAGGACCACAUCCGCCCAUACAUGCCUGACUAGGAGAAACGCACGGAAGAUGCCCCUGAAGGCCUCGAAGCAAGUUGUCCAUAUCUACUCAUCCCUCAGUUGAAUAGAAUUGAACUUGUGCUUGGAACUCUCCUUUUUGUUAACCACUCAUUUUCAUCUUGAGAUUAAUUUAGCUCCCUUUUUUUUUUUUUUAUCCCUCCCUCCCGACCAGUCUUGGUUUGGCUCAUCCCAUCUCCCCUCUCUUUGAUUUUAUUUGAACCUGCAUGAACAUUGAUUUUGAGUGGUUCUCUUGGAGCUGCACUGUCAACAAUACCAGUCACCGAAGGAACUCUUUACGUUAAAGCAACAAAACAAAACAAAAAAUAAAAAACGAGAGCGAGAAAAAAGGAGACAGAUGUCUCUCACGUGUGAUCUUCUAGUGUUGGACUGGCUAAACAUCAGUGUCAUGAGGGAUAGUUAACAUGUCUGUUAUAUCGAGUAGGGAUUUCCUGAGUAAUGACGAUCAGUGACAGAGGACAGAAGAGCCUGGGUAGUCUUUCUCAAAAGGCUUCUAUUACAAGGUGUACAAUACUCAACUCAUUUGGUGUAGGCAUUGCUUCUCAUUCAGUUACUGCCUUAGUUUUUGCUGGACAUUUUAAUUUGAGUGUCAUUCCUUGCCUAUAAUAUGACAAACCUUGUUUGUUUUUAUAAUUUCUGGAGGUAUGGUGUCUGAUGAGGGCGGAGGUGCGGUGUGAUGUAUAUCUAGGAUGGUUGACCUAAACUGUCAGGUGGGGGGAUUCUGAAGCUGUUCUUUACUUGGGGUGGUAAUAGUCACCAAUUGAGCAAUUCCUGCACUAUAUACAUACAAGCUACUGAUACCAGAUGUAAUCAUUGGUGGUGGAAAUGUGAUGGGAGACUAAUAUUCAAGCGUAUGUACCUAAUGAGAAAUUUCGUGAAAUGGAUCAUUAAGGAUUUGUUUUCUUUUCUAGACCACCCUGUUCUGAGAGUACUAAAUAUUGCAGUGCUUGGGACUUGGUAUCUGUAAGCCAUCCUUGUCUGUUCGUAUGGCAUAAAAUCAUUUCUUUUUCUCCCCUUUUGAAAUUCUAAGUUCACAUUGGAGGGGAAGGUGGGUCUUUGUCUUUAUUUUGAUGUACCCAUUGUUUGAAUAAUUCUGUUGAAAUAAACACUGUUGAACAUAUCUUAACCACA